AUGAUUGCCCAUUUAAAAACCAUUAGAACUAACCAGUUUGCUGAUCUGCUGAGACAAUCUGAAUUGGAUUUUGCUGAAAUGGAAGGACAAGCUGAGAAGAGGUCCGCUGAUCGUACCGUUGUGCACUGCUUGCAGUGCCACAAACCCCAGGAAAACCUUGCUGCUCACCUGUCCAGAGUCUGCAUGAAGAAACGCACGCCCGAGGAGAGAGCGGCCAAAGGUUCAGAAAGCCAAGGCUUCGAGCAGAGAGUGGGUUCAGAUGAACAGGACCUGGGACUACAACCAGAUUGUGCAGACUGUGCGCUCCUGCCUGAUCACCGCUCUCGGGUCAUCAUGGUCAAGGACCGGUUGGUUCAGACGGCUCCUGGCAUUAAACACUGCCAGAAGAUCGUGAGAGUGGCGAAGCCGGACGUGCUCAGGAUCCAGAGGGACCUGCAGGCGGGCAGAGAGCUCUCCAACACGGACCAGACGCUCUACCGCUACUACUGCGAGGCGCUCUUGGUGUUUGUCCACAUGCAGGGUCCCAGAGCUGUGGAAGCCUUGACGGAUGCCGAGUGGGUGAACAAGACCAAGCUGGGUGACAGAUUUGUGAUCGGCGUACAGAGGGAGAAAACCUUGAGUAUGCAGAUCGCUCUGACCCAAGAGGAGGAAGCUUGCUUGGAGCUGUACUUCAGGCGCAUCAGGCCUGAGAACAUUCAGCCGGAGAAACUCUGCAAUAGUUUCUUUGUUUCGUCAUCCGGCGUGGAGGUUGUGUACAAGCUGGCUCCUUUCUCUGCCCAGUGUGUGCGGAGGGCUGUUGAGGAGGCUGCAGAAAAGCUCCCGGCGCAGCAACAGGAGGCGCUGCACCAUUACCUGGCCAUCAGCACUGGUGCGGUCCGGCCGCAGGAUGUCGUCGACGCAGCUCUGCUGCUGGAAUCAUUAGUCAGCACUUCUGCAGACGAGACUUCCUCGGCCACAAGCUGUGCAGCUGGACCAUCUGGGAAGAGCAAUAUGGCGAUAUGUUUCGUGGCAAUAUUUCCUGUUUCGCCGGAGGGUCAGCCGCCAUCCAAGAAGCAGCGCGUCGAAUCAGGCUUUCCAGAUGACCGCGGUUUUUACGAUAAGUGGCGGAUUACCCAGUAUGCCCAGAGAGAGCGAUAUCUGCUGUGUGAGUCUCUGAAUCCAUCAAUAGAGCAUUGA